GGCAAAAAGGGCAAAAAAAGGCAAAAUAAGGUGCGACGUAAUUCGAGGUUUUGUGUUUUCUAUUGUCGAAAAAAAUUCUAACGCUGCUUAUCGCUCCCGUCUGUUCACAUUUCUUUUCCUCUUUCUAUAAAAAGGACAGCAUCUUAAAGAGAAUUUCAAGUGCAUUCCAUUUAUGACAUUGAUCAAACUACAAAAGAAAAAGUUUCUUUUCAAUUAGCAAAAAGAUGGAGCAAUGUUCAUAAAAAAUGGGCUUUAAAACGGCCCGUUUUUAUGGCACUGUUUUUAUUUUGAUAUAUUUUUUAAUGUUUUUGAAAUGUUUACUAUCUCAAACUUUUGAUUCGAGAUGCACAUUAGACAAAGGUUAUCCAAAUAAAAUAAAAAGUGUGUAGCUUUCUCGAGAUCAAAGUUAUAAUCAUAAACCUAGCGUUAUAAUUUUUGUUACCCUCUGAUGCGCAACACCGUGCGCAAGGCCAUUAGCGAACUUUUAAAUGAUGACCAUUGCAUGGAAUACCCCACUUUAGUAAGCUAUUUACAAAAACUUUACAAUGACAAAGAAUCUUUUGCUCUAUGCUUUAAAAAAGAACUGCCUGUUAGAGGGAACCACACAAACAAUUUUGCUGAGGCUCAGUUUCUGGUUCUGAAAGAUAUAAUUCUGCGGCGAACAAAAGAGUACAAUGUUGUUGGGCUUCUGGACAAGCUUACAAUUGAUUUAGAAGACCACUACAAGAAUAAACUCCUCAGUAUUGCUGAUGGGAGUUUUGAUGGCACUUAUAGACAUCGAUUCAUGGGGAAAGGGAGCUUUGGGUUUAAUGUCCCAGAUAGAAAAGAACUUGAUGGCUACCUUUCUUCUGUUGAAAGUUUUGGUAAUAAUACUUUCAAAGUUGGAAGCUCUUCAGAUGGCAGUCAAAGCCAUACAGUAGACAUGACUAUUGGAAUGUGUACCUGUGGCAUUGGCAAAGAUGGGAGCCCAUGCAAACACCAGUAUGUCCUUUGGGUGUCCAAGCUGGCAGACUGUGUUAAUUUUGUCCCAGUAAACAAUCCCCGUGAGAGACAGAAAUUAGCCUGGUUGGCUAUAGGAGAGACACUUCCUCUUAGUUACUAUAUGCCAUUGCGCUCAACUGAGGCUGAACAGAUUACAUUGCAACCUUGUGGACCUAAUGAGUGUGGCACUGUCAUUGAGAAAUCCAUUAACAGGGAUCAAGAACCAAACUACACGACUGGUGAAGAAAUUCAUGAUGAGGAUAAAUCUAUUAUUGCAAAUGCUCAACAAUUGAUGAGGAGCUCUUGUGACCAAAUUAUUCAAAACCUCCAAAGCUCUGGGGAUCUUAAUUUGGCUAAAGGAAUAAUAAAGUUCUCCAAAAGAGUAACAACCUUAACAGCGACAAGGUCUAUGAAUUCAAAUUUGGUGAGUGCCCUUUUCUCUUUCGUGUCUAAUGAACUGAAGAAAACGGGAAGUGGAAAAAAAUCCGUGUUCAGCCAAACAGGAAGCGAAAGUGUGGUAGUGGAAGCCUUCAGGCUGUUUCAAAAGGGCGUCCAGUACAACUUCAAGAACCAACAUCGAAGAGGAAGCGCAGCCAUGAUUUGGCAAAAGUAGUACAGGCAAAUGUCAAUAGCAGCAAAAAGUCAGGGUCCCACACUAUGAAAUCUAAGACAAAGCACAUUCAAAA